CGGGCUGUCGGGUCAGCUGUGUUUUUGCCCUUUACCUCCCUGCAGCCUCUGAAAUAUCCUUCUGCCUGAACCUGUUCAAGGAAAGGAAAGCCUGAGGUAAAGUUUGGCUCACUUUACUUCCCUCUGCGACUCCAGAGGCGCAUCAGGUGUUCUGUCGAUUCAAGCAGCGUUGACAUACAGGAUGAAACAUGUGAAGCAUCUUUCUGCACAGGGCUGAUUCUGUGGCUCAGUUUCUUUGUUGCAAAAGGAAGAUGGAUUAAAGAAAACAGCAUUUUAGUGUAUUAUUUCUUUCUAGGCUAAAAAUGUACAUGCAGCAUGUUUCAUAGACCUCCAGUCAUUGGAACUUGGAAGGGUCAGAGGAAUACUGAUUUGUUACAGUCAAGGGGAAAAUGGAGAGGGCUCAGACAUCAGAAGGGGAGGCAAGUAGCUGUUGCCUCCAUAGCUGCCCAUUUACCUGACUGACAAUGGUAGUUUACAUUCUUCUCUGUGUGUGCCUAUGACAACAGGAGGGUGAUGGCUACAGGUCUGACUGCAUACCUGCAUUUUCUGUAUACAUGAUUCAUAUGGAGAAGAAUGCUUUCAUGCAUGACCCCAUGUUUUGCGUGUUUGUUUUGUUACUGUUGUUACUGUUGUUUUAAUAGUACUGCCAAUAGUUUAAUCUGGACCGAGAUGAUGAUGGUGAAACACAAAGAGCUGCAGCUGCAGUAUUUCAAGGCUUCCGACAGUCCUGCUUUGUUAAUCUGUCCAUUGACAGUUCACAGCAUGUGCUUCUGGCUGGUCCCCGUCUUCAUACCUCUUAUUCACUGCAGACUGAGAGUGAUAGAUUCUAAAAAUGACUUGAAACUCUCUUCAUCUCAUCGUAUCAAAGCACACUUUUUGUCUCCCAUAGGGUGCUCUGUCCUGCAGUCCUCUUCUGUCUGCAUUCCACCUACUCUUCCUCAGCUCCACCCAUCAACCAGCCAUGUUGGGCGACAUUCUGCAGCGGCUCAGCACUUUGACCCUCAGCCUCAAGCACCUUGGCCACCUGUCCCAGUUCUCUGACCUCGUCCCUUUGUCUAUUCCGUCACCCAGCCCUACCGUCACCGCCUCCCAGGUUCCCAGCCUGUUCCGAGAGCCCUACAUCCUGUCAGGUUACCGUCCCGUCCGGCAGGACUGGCGCUGCUACCUCCUCAGCCUCUUCCAGAGACACAAUGAAUGCCUGAACGUGUGGACCCACUUGUUGGCGGGUCCUGUGCUGCUGCUCCGCUGGUGGGCCAACGUAGGCGCCCUGGGGUACACCUUGGACUCAGCCUCUCUACCUCUGAGUGCCUUCCUGGUAUCCUCGCUCACCUAUCUGUUCUUCAGCACGGCAGCUCACCUCUUCCAGUCUCACUCUGAACAUGCACACUACUUCCUCUUCUUCAUGGACUACGUGGGUGUGGCAGUGUAUCAGUAUGGCUGCUCACUUGGACAUUAUUUCUACACGUCAGAGCCAGCGUGGAGAGAAAGCAGCAUCGGGCUGCUGUUUCUGCCUGGAGCUGCCUUCUUUGGGUGGCUCACCUGUGCAGGCUGCUGUUUCGCUAAGUCCAGGUACCGGCGGCCAUAUCCAUUGCAGCGUAAAAUCUGCCAGCUGAUCCCUAACACCCUAGCGUACCUGCUGGACAUCAGCCCUGUAGCCCACCGCCUGCUCACCAUCUCCUGGACAGAGGAGCCCUCGCUGCCCUUCCACGCCCUCCAGAUGGCCUCGUUCCUGCUGUCCGCCCUCUUCUUCUCCUGUCCCAUCCCUGAGCGCUUCUUCCCUGGCCACUGUGACUUUGUGGGUCAGGGUCACCAGAUCUUCCACCUGUUUCUGUCCCUGUGCACCGUGUUCCAGCUGGAGGCUCUGUUCCAGGACUACGCCCGGCGGAGGGACACGGUGGUGGAGGUAUUUGGAGAGCGGCAGCUGUGGUGGGCUUGUGUGUCCUUCCCUGUCCUGUUUGUGUUUUGCAUCCUGACAGCGUUCGUUACAAUGUGGCACAUGAAAAAGCAACUGGAUGGACAGGGUAAGCAGGGUAAACAUGAGAAAGACAAGUGACAACAGUAAGUGUGUGUGUGUGUGAGAGAGAGAGAGAGAGGGAGAGAGAGACAUUGGAUUUAAAUGUACCAAAUAAUAUGAAUAAUAAUACUAAUAAAUAAAGCCAUCUUUGAAAGUUUUUG